CCUCACAACGGGCACGUAUCGUGAACGUUAUCAGAUAUGCUUUCCGCCGUCGCCGGUCUCUCGCGCAUCCCGCCGCCUCGGCAAGAAGACGGGGGCGAGUUCCCUCUCCUCCGCGACUGCCACUACUCCUCCAGCCGUCCGUCGCAGCAACCGGUGGCUGUUGCUGGCUCGUGGCCCAGUUCCGAGUCGGAGCCUCCGGCGUCGGCGAUGGAGAACUACGAGCCCCUCCCACCGCCGCAGUCUCAAGCGACUCGGGAGCCGGUGUGCCUGUGCUCGCGGGACGAAAACGGCAAUGGAGACACCGAGGGCUACGUACAGCUUCGCAACCCACACCUGGCGAAUCUCAGCUCGGACCACCUCUACCACCUUGCCUUGUCCACUACCACGCAUUCUCUGGUGGACAUGUUCGGUGAUGUCAAGUUCGUGUGCAUGGGUGGCACGCCGUCGCGCAUGGAGCAAUUCGCUCGGCUCGCCAAGGAGAAGCUCGGUCUCAAGUUGCCCACUGGCACCGACCUCUGCGACCUGAGCCAUUAUGCCGGCCGCUACUCCAUGUACAAGGUUGGACCCCUCCUUUCCAUCAGUCAUGGCAUGGGCGCUCCAUCCCUGUCCAUCCUGUUGCAUGAGGUGUUCAAGCUGCUGCACUACGCCCGCUGUCGGGACGUGCUGGUGAUCCGCAUCGGCACCAGCGGAGGUGUUGGCGUGCCCCCUGGUUCAGUCGUCGUGAGCACCGGUGCUGUGAAUGGUCUCCUACGGGAGGAACUAGACAUGCAUGUGCUCGGCAAGCUCGUGUCCCGUCCUGCCAAGUUGGACGCAAAGCUGGCCGAGGAGAUUGCAGCCGAAGCCCGCCGCUCGCUGUCUGGGGUCAAUGUGGUUUUGGGAAAGACAAUGUGCGCCGAUGACUUCUACGAAGGUCAAGGCCGGUUGGACGGUGCCUUCUGUGACUACACGGACCGGGAGAAGCUGCAGUUCCUAGAACAGUUGCGCUCCAUUGGCGUGGUCAACAUCGAAAUGGAGGCCACCCUCUUUGCUGCCAUGUGCCACCAUGCUGGCAUCAAAGGUGCCGUGGUGUGCGUUACCUUGCUGGACCGCCUGAAAGGUGACCAGGUCACUGAACCCAAGAGCGUCAUGAGCGAGUGGCAGCUGCGUCCCCAGCACGUAGUGUUGCGCUUCAUACAGCAUCGCCUGGCAACUGCCGGGUCGUCAUCCUAGUAACUUCACUAACAUCCUCACCCUUCACCACCGAUUGCAGUUCAGUAAACUUUUCAAACAACACAAAAAAGCUUACUUCUGUCACAUCUUGUUUCACUAAUGAGAACUAACACACAAUUAGGCCAAGGAAAUUAUAGGAAGCGUUAUUAAUAGUUACUAUACCAUAAAUCCGAACAAAAAAAAGUGGGAUAAAAGAUAUCUUUGCACUGGUAGGGCGAACCUGCGACCUCUGAAUAACGCGUCCAAUGCUCUACCAGCUGAGCUACUACAGUGUUAGUCAUCUCCUAUUUUAAGGCCAUGUGUGGCACAGUCAACUAUUCCUUCAGCAAUUACUGGAGAAAUAGCUUUAUGUGCUUUGUUAUAGAGUUCCUUUUUAGGUUAGCACAUUGUGCGAGAUCAAUAUCCUUGAUGAAAACAUCUUGUCAUGCGUUAAAGUUGCAUAACAUAUCACCCAACAUCUCGUCUGAUGACAUGUUCUCACCAAAACAGUAGUAACAGCUAGUCAAGGGACUAAAGGAGCGAUUUCUAGCUGACCGAGAACUGAUUGUAAAUUCCAGGCCAUGUUCUGCACCUAAUGUAUGGCUCGUGUGUGUUCAUGGGAGUCUCAAGUAUGGAUCCGCAGUGUUUUCUGGUGACGCUCAAAUAAUGUCGCAGGGCCGGCCCCUUAUAUUUAGAUAUAAGUGCACUUUAAAAAGCACCAAGUUAUCAAAGUUAAUCACAAGGGCAUGCCUUGUAAUCAUAUAUUGUAUGUUUGAAACAGACAGCCCAAAAUUAAAGUUCUUAAAAUGGUAUAAUUGGUUCAGGGGGUGGGGGGAAGGGCUCAAAAGAAAUAAGGGCUCGUUCAUUUGUGUUGCACAACUUCAGUAAAAAUGAGCAGAUAGUGAAUUGUAUAAUAUUGAUAGGCAUAAUAAACAGUGUCCGAAAACAUUA